AUGUUCGUGACGAGGAUCAACCAGGGCCCCAGGCUCCCCUCCUUCUCCGAACUCGUCUCGUCGCUAGCGUACGAGCAGGAUCACCAGACGUUUCCUCCUGCUCUCCAUCCCCACCCUGGCAUGGCUCCUGUUCCCCAGAGACCCAGUAUCCCGGGUCCAGCCAUACUAUCGCUGCUACCAAUGGACCGCCAGCAUCCGCUUGAAAACAUGGACUCCCGCCAGGGUCUGCCGCUGGGCUCGCCCUUGGGUCUGACCCAGCCUCCGCAAAAUCAGCAGCUUAUGUAUGCUCCUCCGCUUCUAGCGUCGCCUGGGCUGGUUACGCCGCUGAGCCAGGCCAGCUCCAUCACUCCAGCGACGCUGGUGAGCUCCUACAACUCCAACCUGGGCUACGUGAAGCCCGAGGAAUUCAGAGAGCCCCGGAUGCUGAGCAAGAGAAAGCACAUGUGCAAAACGUGUGGACGGCUGUUCACGACGCUGGGACACUUGGCCCGGCAUUUCCGAACCCACACGGGCGAGAGAAAGCACGUCUGCCCGUGGGCCGACUGUGGAGCCCGAUUUGCCCGCCAGGACAAUUGCAUGCAACAUUACAAGACACACUUGAAUGGAAAGAACAAGAGGCGCUAG